AGGCCAUAUAUAAAGAAGGUACGAGUUUAGGAAUGUGUCUAUCUCAUAACACAACACGAUGAGGACGGUACUAGCUCUUCUCUGUUUGGCCGUAUACUGUGCCGCCCAGCAACCAACACCAUGCAAAUCACCUGAACAAUGGGAAGGCAGGAUAUACAGGAGCGACAGAUCGAAAGAGUUUGCCGAGAUUGGGAAAGUCAGCUAUGACGAGACAAACAUGAGGGUGAGGAUCAUUGAGGAGCGAGAAAUUGGAUCAGAGAAAGACUAUUACGACACUCUAUACCUUCACAACAUUAGAAGAGAAUACAAAUUCAACUUGAAGACCAAGCAGUGCAACGUGACCACUCUCAUGCGUCCAUUUAGACCUUUCGGUGUUCCACCAUUCGCAAAGUUCUUGUUUGAAGCCGAAAUUGGAGCAGCUGGAGUUCCUGGCGAAUCACUCAUUGCUCAAACAUGGGACGGUGAAUUCGAGGAUAAAUCGAGAUUCGUUUCCACAGUAACGUACCCAGACUGCGUCCCACUCAGCUCAGGAUUUUACUCUAAUGAAACUGGAUUUGUUCAGUCUGACUUCUUUGACAUUAGCCUCGGCAUUUCUGACCCAAUGGUGUUUAUCCCACCACAAGAGUGCAACACUAGAUAGAUAUCCAUGUUUAUUUGUUUAUUAAAUUCAAAUAUGUCAACAUUGUGUGUGUGUUUAUACUUAACAACAGUAGAACAUUAAUAAAAUUACUACACACAU